ACAUGAGCUGCAAAGUGUUCCGUUAUUUCCUACUUUUGUCAGUCUUUACUGCAUGUUCAAAGACACUGGAAUAUGAAGAGGAGUAUGAGGAUGUUACUGUGAACCAAAUGCUGGCUCCCAAAACUCAGCAAAAGGAUGCAACACAAAUCCUGAACAACUUACUGAAAGAAUAUGACAAGAAACUUCGACCAGAUAUUGGGAUUAAACCAACCGUCAUAGAUGUUGACAUAUAUGUGAACAGCAUUGGACCUGUGUCAUCGAUUAAAAUGGAAUACCAGAUUGAUAUAAUUUUUGCCCAGACAUGGACAGACAGCCGACUCCGAUACAACAGUUCAAUGAAAAUAUUGACUUUAAACAGCAAUAUGGUUGGACUUAUUUGGAUACCGGACACAAUCUUCAGAAAUUCCAAAAAUGCUGAAGCCCAUUGGAUUACAACACCCAAUCAGCUGCUCAGAAUAUGGAAUGAUGGAAAGAUACUUUACACACUGAGGAUGACCAUCAAUGCUGAGUGCCAGCUGCAGCUCCAUAACUUCCCCAUGGACGAGCACUCGUGUCCACUCAUCUUCUCCAGCUAUGGAUAUCCUCAAGAUGAGAUGAUUUACAAAUGGAGGAAGAACUCUGUGGAAGCUGCAGACCAAAAAUCAUGGAGGCUUUACCAGUUUGACUUCAUGGGCUUAAGAAAUACCACAGACAUAAUGAAGACAUCAUCAGGUGACUAUGUGGUGAUGACGGUAUACUUUGACUUGAGCAGAAGAAUGGGUUAUUUCACCAUUCAAACUUACAUUCCAUGCAUCCUUACCGUGGUCCUGUCAUGGGUCUCUUUCUGGAUCAAAAAAGAUGCCACACCAGCCAGGACAGCCCUAGUAGAGUGUGUGAAGACCAUUAGCACCAUACUGUCUUGUCUUCUCCUUCCAGGGAUAACAACGGUGUUGACAAUGACCACCCUCAGCACGGUGGCAAGGACUUCUCUGCCCAGGGUCUCCUACGUCACGGCCAUGGACUUGUUUGUCACCGUAUGCUUUUUGUUCGUCUUUGCGGCUCUGAUGGAGUACGCCACCCUCAAUUACUACUCCUACACUGUACGGAAGCCAAACUGCGUCAAGACCAAAAGAUCGAAAUAUUCAGUGCUUGACAUGGGACCAGCUCCAACCGUCAUCACGCUAAACAACUCCAUGUACUGGCAGGAGUUUGAGGAGGCCUGUGUCUACGAGUGCUUGGACGGGAAGGACUGCCAGAGCUUCUUCUGCUGCUAUGAAGAGUGCAAGGGUGGCGCCUGGAGAAAGGGACGGGUGCACAUAGAUAUUCUUGAGUUAGAUACCUAUUCCCGGAUCUUCUUCCCCACGUCAUUCCUGCUGUUCAACAUUGUCUACUGGGUUGGCUACCUCUACCUGUAG